UAAGAACUGAAGCUUGCCCUUUCCCAGAGCCUCUGGGUGCCAGGACCAGCGCCUCCUGUGGUGGGCAACUGGCCAUCAACAGAUUAGAACAGGCCACUUGUCCUACCACCUCCUGGUCGCCCCCACCUUCCCCUCCCUCAAGGCCAAGGACAGAGACGUCCUCCUCCCACUUCUCCUCCUCUUUGGUGCCUCCAGCCAGGAGGCGGGAGUGACCCACAGCAGCUGACCCAGCUCGGGCACUGCCUCUUCCACAGCCCUUAAAACACACCAUGGGCCCAGAGGCUGGUUUGUGGCACACUAGCGAGGACGCAGGAGGUGGCGCCGGCAACUCUCAACUGCCUCCCUGACCACUGUGACAACCUCCUCGAAGCCAUCGCCACCACCUGCAGUGGAAUCGAACCGCGGAAAGUCCAUCGUCCCUAUCGACCAACAGCUACGUAAACAACUAUGGCGGGAGAGAGGUGGCGGGCCGAGGGGCUGGGAGAAGGAUGGGCCAUCUACGUCACACCCAGAGCCCCCAUCCGGGAGGGAAGGCGGAGGCUCGCCACUCAAAAUGGCGACGGGAGUGACGCGCCUGCGUACGAAACUCAUCCGUCGCGCCACGGACGACGGGAAGUGAGGUUUUCAGAAGAGCCGCCAGAAGUGUACGGCGACUUCGAGCCCCGGGCGGCCAAAGAAAGGUCUCCGGGGGAAAGACGAACCCCGCCAGAAAAGUUCCGGUCGGAUUCUGCGAAAGAGGAAGUGAGAGAAAGCGCUUACAAUCUUCGGUCUCGACAACGGAGGCAGCGGGGACCCCAGGAAGCCGAGGAGAUGAAGACGCGGAGGUCUACUCGUCUGGAGCAGCACUCACAGCAGGCGCAGCAGCAGCUGUCACCGGCUACGAGCGGGCGAGGAUUACGGGACGCUCAGUCCUUAAGUGAGGACCGCGGAGAGGAUGAACCUUCUUCCCAACCUGUUACAAGCCAAACAGUCUCAAAGAAAACUGUCAGGACACCAGAGACUUCAGUGAUGAGUGAAGAUCCUAUCAGUAACUUAUGCAGACCCCCAUUAAGAAGCCCAAGACCUGACGCUUCCAUUGUCCAACACAUCAACCCCUUUGAGGAAGAUGAAGCCGCAGUAGCAGCCGGUCACCAUCCAGACUCACUGUGGGGGUUACCACACAGUCGGGGGGACUUCACAGCUCAUGAGAAUCAACCCUCACUGCUGCCCACAGGAUGUCAAAAAAACCCUCAAGAGUGGGUUGAACAAGCUGUGAGAAUGAGGACUAGAAUGGCAUAUAACAACAUUCAGAAAUCAGACUUUGGAAACCAAUCUCCAUCAACCUCCAGGCAACAAGCAGCUGUACAACCCCCAGAUGAGUCUUCUGUCAAGAUAAAAUGGUGGCUGCUGAUACUUGUUGCUGCUCUGGCCAUGGGAAUAUAUUGGUUCUUUCAUACUCCUGUAGUAGAAACCACUGCUGUUCAAGAAUUCCAGAACCAGAUGAAGCAGCUCCAGUCUAAGUACCAGAGUCAAGAUGAGAAACUGUGGAAGAGAGGCACAACAUUCCUAGAAAAACAUCUGAAUAGCUCCCUCCCUCGGCCCCAGCCUGCCAUCCUGCUGCUCACUGCAGCUCAGGAUGCUGCGGAAGUGCUCAAGUGUCUGAGUGAACAGAUCGCCGAUGCCUACUCUUCCUUCCGCAGUGUCCGUGCCAUCCGGAUCGACGGAGCAGGCAAAGCUGCUCAAGACAGUGACCUCGUUAAGCACGAAGUCGAUCAGGAACUGACAGAUGGAUUUAGAAAUGGCCAGAAUGCAGCUGUGGUCCACCGCUUCGAAUCCCUGCCUGCAGGCUCAACCUUGAUCUUCUAUAAAUACUGUGACCAUGAAAACGCAGCCUUCAAAGAUGUGGCCCUCGUCUUGACGGUACUGUUGGAGGAGCAGACGCUGGAAGCCAGUCUAGGCCUAAAGGAAAUUGAGGAGAAAGUGAGGGAUUUCCUUAAAGUCAAGUUCACCAGCUCUGACACGGCCAACUCCUACAACCACAUGGACCCAGACAAGCUCAAUGGACUCUGGAGCCGCAUCUCCCACCUCGUGCUGCCCGUGCAGCCUGAGAAUGCUCUGAAAGCAGGCAGCUGCUUAUGAGGGAAAGAAGCGGAAAUCCUGUCUCGAGUUUGAACCAUUUUCAGACUUUGUAACCAGAGACGGAUUUUGGAGCAGUUUUUGAAAACUGGUUUCUUUUUAAAGGAAGUAAAGUUCAUACAUAAAGGUGGAAUAACUAAAUCAUUUAUGCAGCCUACUUCUCUGUGAUUUGGGAGAAUCGUUUUUCUAUUUCCACCUAGAACCAUGUUAAAGAUAUUUAGCAUAGUGCACAGUAUAUGCAGUCCCCGAGUGUCUGCUACCUUGAUUCUGGCCGAAUCAUUCUUGCUGUGUGACCAGCGAGAAGGGCUAGGUUCCUCUCUCAAGCAAUCAGCUUUCUAUUGAAUUUUGGAUUUGUGUUUGUGACCUUAUUAAUGUCUGACAACCCCCUAAUUGUAGCUAUGGAUUUCCCUGUUACUUCUUCUCUCAUACCAUUGAAAUGUGUGGUCCUUAGUUUCUACCUAUAAAAAUAAAACUGGGUGUGCAGUUUAGCCAGCCCCUCCCCCACUGGUUUGUAGAGAGGGAGACAAGGGUGUGGGAGGUAGAAAGAGAAGAGAAAUUGUUUAAUAGAGAAGGGAAGGAAGGAAGGUAAAAAGAUGUUGCAAGCUGGGCAUGGUAAGCCAGCCUGUUAUCCCAGUAUUGUCCCAGUAGUCAGGAGGAGCAGAGGUUCAAGGUCAGCCUCAUCUAUAGAGUGAGUUUUCUGCCACCUGGACUACAUGAGACACUGUCUUAAAAAAAAUAAAAAUAAAAAAUUUUAAUUUAAA